GGGGAGGGGGGGGCGCGAAUAGGUUCUAGGGCCUGAGAGUGGAUCGGGGUCCGGGGUGACGGAUUGAUGGGCGGGAGAGGCACUGUUCUCAGAAGCUGGUGCUUGCUCUUCAGAGCUCUCACCCUGACGGAGGGUGGGGCCGAGAUAGGAUUUGCGUCUUGCUGUCAGUGGUUGCCUUUGACCCACCGACUCCAGCAUGGAGUUCUCGGGAAUGCCAAAGGUCCGGCGGGUUUGGCCGGGCUCUUGCGUCACGAGGCCUGGCCCUUGCGCUGUGGGGCCGGCGUGACGCAGAGGCGCCCGUGUGGCAUCCCAUUCCGUUGCCUUCUUGGGCAUCCCGCGUGUCUACCUGGCUGGGCGGAGGCGUAGGAGACUCGGGGCCACUGUCCCAGCCUAGGCUCUAUUCCUACUACUAACUGGCACCUGCAGAAAUCCCGCGCCCCCGCUUACUCUGCGGCCGGACGGUCCAGGCGACCUCCUUCUCCCCGGGGCAGAAACCGCGUUCUCCUUUGUGCUGCAUUCUAUAGGUUCUGUGCCCUGAGACAGGGAUGGACGAGGUGGUGGGGAACUCAGGUUGCAUCGGGCCAAAAGUUGAGAUUUGUGUGUGUGUGUGUGUUCUCACUGCAAAGUUGAAGCUUUUCCUGGAUGGGUGGCCAGCAUCGAAAUGUUCAACCUUUUAGUGAUGAGGAUGCAUCAAUUGAAACAAUGAGCCAUUGCAGUGGUUACAGCGAUCCUUCCAGUUUUGCUGAAGAUGGACCGGAAGUCCUUGAUGAGGAAGGAACUCAAGAAGACUUAGAGUACAAAUUGAAGGGAUUCAUUGAUUUGACCCUGGAUAAGAGUGCGAAGACAAGACAGGCAGCUCUUGAAAGUAUUAAAAAUGCACUGGCUUCAAAAAUGCUUUAUGAAUUUAUUCUGGAAAGAAGAAUGACUUUGACUGACAGCAUUGAACGCUGCCUGAAAAAAGGUAAGAGUGAUGAGCAGCGUGCGGCUGCAGCAUUAGCUUCAGUUCUUUGUAUUCAGUUGGGCCCUGGAAUUGAAAGUGAAGAGGUUUUAAAAACUCUUGGACCAAUCCUAAAGAAAAUAAUUUGUGAUGGAACAGCUAGUAUCCAGGCUAGGCAAACUUGUGCAACUUGCUUUGGUGUUUGCUGUUUUAUUGCUACAGAUGACAUUACUGAGCUGUAUUCAACUCUGGAAUGUUUGGAAAGUAUCUUCACCAAGUCCUAUCUCAAAGAGAAAGACACUAAUGUUAUAUGCAGCACCCCUAAUACAGUGCUUCAUAUCAGCUCUCUUCUUGCAUGGACAUUAUUACUGACCAUAUGCCCAAUCAAUGAAGUGAAGAAAAAGCUUGAGAUGCAUUUCCAUAAACUUCCAAGCCUCCUCUCUUCUGAUGAUGUCAACAUGAGAAUAGCUGCUGGUGAAUCUUUGGCACUUAUGUUUGAAUUGGCCAGAGGGAUGGAGAGUGACUUUUUUUACGAAGACAUGGAAUCUUUGACGCGGAUGCUUAGGGCCUUGGCUACAGAUGGAAACAAGCACCGUGCCAAAGUGGACAAGAGAAAGCAGCGAUCGGUGUUCAGAGACAUCCUGAGGGCAGUGGAGGAACGGGAUUUUCCAACAGAAACUGUUAAAUUUGGCCCUGAACGAAUGUAUAUUGAUUGCUGGGUCAAAAAACAUACCUAUGACACCUUUAAGGAAGUUCUUGGAUCAGGGAUGCAGUAUCAUUUGCAGUCAAAUGAAUUCCUUCGUAAUGUAUUUGAACUUGGACCCCCGGUGAUGCUUGAUGCUGCAACACUUAAAACGAUGAAGAUUUCUCGUUUUGAAAGGCACCUGUAUAACUCCGCAGCCUUCAAAGCGCGAACGAAAGCUCGAAGCAAAUGUCGCGAUAAGAGAGCAGAUGUUGGAGAAUUCUUCUAGAUUUUCAGCACUUGGAAGACCACUUUUCUAAUUUUGUUUUUUUUUUUUUUUGGUAAUUUCUAAUGUAUUUAAAUUAGAGACAGUUUUUCUCUAGGGUCAGCUUAGAUAGCUUUUGUAGCAGGGGUUAUAUUAUAAUUUAAUGUGUACAGUAUUGCAAAUGGUGAGUUCUGAUUAUUGAAUAUUCUCUGUAAAUCAUUAAACAUAAAUAAAGUGUAAUGUUUGGUCAUUUUCUAUUUAUGAAGAGAGCAAAAAUACAGUAUUUCACUUGAUUUCAUAAUGAGGAAAACUAUUACCCAAGGUUAAAUUUCUUAUACUGUGGUUGUCCAAAAAUAUUGAUUAUAAUGAUGUAAAUAUACAAGGUAUUUAACUUUAAGAUGUUAGAUAGGUGAGUUCUGGAUACCGUUUUGGGAGCUAAUUCUUCUGGAAAAGCUGCUAUAUUUUAACUUUUAAAUGGAACCUUAUUUAAUUUUGUCACUGGGAUCAACAUAGAGAAUUAUACCAUGAGACCUUAACAGCUGCACUUAAAGGUCAUUCAUUCCAGCUUUUGGGAGUUCAUGAAGAAUUAGCGUAUGCCAGAAAGGCUGCUAACGUUGACCUCUGAGGGAACUAACACAUUUUAUCUGCUAUAUUCUUGUAUUUUGAAAUAAAGAUCUUUUCACAUAAAAA